CAGCAACGACCAAGUGACAUCGCUAGACAUUGAGCUUCGCACGACAAUAAGACUGCAAGACUCAGCACAGUGCUACUGUACUUUGCUGCCGCGAGCUCAUGAGAAGGUAGGCGCGAACACACGCGACUUGCCCAUUUCCUUCACAAGCACGAAGUCAACAACCACUUCGCUUUCCUUUCCGUCAUAGCGACACAACAACAAAAUGCUCUCACUACCACUCAUUCCUCCACAAGAGGACCACUCAUCCUUCUUGCGCGCUACGUACCGCCCUCGCGCCGAAUCACCACCUCCGCAGGCCGGCCAUAACCCACAACAAACACACCGCGAACGCCAACGACGCGAUGAAGAACGCAAAUUGCACCACGCACGGAGUCCUCUUGCUCUCCUCGCAGCCGACGAGAAAGCCAUCGAGACGCGUAAACACGCUGUUCGCAUGUUCGGUUCCCAAUGGAUUCGUCCACCGGGCGUUGCGAAGACCUUACAAGCUAUGAACGAGGAACUCGCGGAACGACUCGAGCAAGAUGAACUAGAACGGCAGGAACGAGGGAUGAUGGAUAUGCAGGCUCAGCAGCAGCAAGCGGAGCUCGAAGCCGAAGCGCGUGAGCAUGAAGCGGCGGAAGAAGCUGGGGAGGUGGAGGAGGAACGAGAUCUGGAUGAUGAUAUUCCCGAGGCUGAGGCGGACGCUUCGACAGCAGAUGUCACAUUCAAUGAGGACAGUAUGAUGGAGGGGAGUCAGGUUGCUCAGAAUGAAUAUGAUGAACAGCAGUAUACGAAUCUGGAAGAGGCGGAGUUGACAGGCGCUGCGCAGGAUGAAGAGGAUUUGGGAAUGGAGAUGGAACGUGAUUUGGAUGAUUCUGUGCCUGAAGCUGGGAGCUAUCAACAUACGGAUACUGAGCUCGAAGAGAGUGAUUCUGAUUCGGAGUUGAGGUCUUCGUUUGUGGGAAGGCCACCACCAUCUUCAGCGAGGACGUCAAGAACGCCGGCGACUGCGGAGCGAUCGAUCGUGGAGCCCCCUAUGUUGGGUUUGCAGGAGAGGAUGAGAGCACAGGUGUCUGCAGCUGAUUCAUUACCGAGAAGUCCUGGGUCGCUGAAUUUGUCAAGUUCGGUGUUGGACGGCUCGAUGAUGGCUGGGAGCAGUCCCGUGGUUCAGCGUGGAAAUAAUGGAGGGCGGCCUCGCGCUGCUCGUGGUAGGAGAGGACGGUAUAGCUGAGUGAGUAUGAAGAAUUUGACAAAGUUCGUUGCUACCACUGUUCGCACCAGAC